AUGGAGUCACUGUUGGCAUCACAAUUAAAAGAAAUAAUUUUUCCAGUCUAUUAUACUGGUAGUGGUGGUGGCGGCGGCAGCGGCGAUGGGCAUCAUGGUGGUGGUAGCGGCAACAAUAGCAAUGGUAAUGGUGAUAGUGGUAAAGGUUGUGGUGGCGGUGGCAUCAUGGUGGUGGUGACGGUGACAGUAGCGGUGGUAGUGGUGAUGGUAGUGGUAAUGGUAGUGGUAGUGGUAGUGGUAGUAGCAGUAGUGAUGGCGCUAGUAGUAGUAAUGGCAGUGGCAUGA